AUGAAUGAACCUCAAAUUCAUCACAGAUCUACUAAUCACAAUCCUUAUAACUUCAGCACCAAAUCCAGGAGCGGCCGGACUAACCUGGCCUCGUGCGCCGUCGCCACGGUGUUUCUGCUGGCCAUCGCCGCCGCCUCCGUCGCCGUCUACUUCUUCCUCUUCAAGCCCAAGCCUCCGCUGAUCGCCGUGAACGCUGUCCAGUUCCCGACAUUCUCCGUUGCCAACGGCACCGUUAACUUUGAGUUCUUCCAAUUCGUCACUGUGACCAACCCUAACCGCGAUGAAUUCUCGCACUACGACAGCUCGCUGCAGCUGGUAUACUCCGGCGAGCCGGUAGGCACCGUCUUCAUCCCGGCGGGGAGAAUCGGCGGCCGCGGCAGGCAGAAGAUGUCGGCGAAGUUCGAUUUGCAGAAGUACCCGCUCCCGCCGCCGUCGAGGGCGGCAAUCGGUGGGGUGGACAGCGUCGGCGGCGCGGCGGAGGCCGGGGGCACGAUGGAGAUUGAGACGCGGAUGAAGCUGGUGGGGAGGGUUCGCGUGCUGCGGGUGUUCAUGCACCGCGUGGAGAGCAGAGUGAAAUGCGGGGUCGCGAUUGAGGUCACGCGCGGGACUGUUUUGGGCGUCCGCUGCUGA